AUGAACGACCACGGCCACGGCAAGUACAUUGAGGAUGUCUUUGUACCCAUUGGGCGGGAGACCUCACUCGUGGCUAAGCUUCUCAACUCCGUGGAGGGAUGCUCUAAGCUGCAUGAGGCAGCAGAGAGUGCUGCUCAAACGUCUAAAUAUAGGUGGACCGCUACUACAACACCGUUGCUGCGACAGUUUGGUUCCAAGUCAUCACUCCGUGCAGAAGUGUCCCGUCGCCUGCGAGCCCUCAAAUUCAUAUCCGUCAACAUGGCUGAGACCUUUAACCAGCAGGUGACCAUUAUUGGCAACUUAUGGUUCUCCGUGUAUGGGAGUGAGCCUGCUGAGAUCCGGUUCCUAGCCGACAGUUUCCUCAGAAAACUGCCGUCCGAUGUCUUGAAGGCCUUGACCACCCACAUCCUCGCUCAACUUCCGAACGGGGUGAUAGCGAGGUGGGAGAAUCAUCUGCAGCUUCACGAGGAUGCUCCCCCAGCUUCUGAACAGCCUCCGAUCUGCCUCACUACUGCUAUUGCAACGGUGUGCAAGUCCAUAGAGAUCGCAGAGUCCUUUGGGGGGCAGUUUACGACGGGGGUCAAGCGACCAGAGAAGAUUCAUAGGGUCAAGGACUCUAGUAGCCCAGCGCCAAUCUCUGACUUCGUGGCGCAACAUCCAGAAGGAACCAUUAUGUAUUUUCGAACGAAUAAAACUGAGGUCGCCGAUGAUGACAUUCGAGAACACUUCUCGAGACUGGGAGCAAAGUCUAUUCUGAUCCUCCAUCACUCCCAUGGUCACACUUACGGUUUUGCCGCGUUCGGUGAUGGCGAUCACAUGAAGAGUAACCUCAAUGCUGCGACGUCCGCGGAGAUGGGCGUCACUACUCGACCUUUUCAGAAGCCGGGAAAAGCCACAGGGCCUCGUUACCAUCGCCGCCAGUAG